AAUGGAAGGUCUUGAUGCCCUGAUUUUGCAAAUUCGGCGGGAACCUGAGGCACAUAGGGCUGAUUUUUUGAUGAAAUGGGAGGAAUUCACUGCAUCCUUUAAUGUAUUACAUUUAACACCUCAUCUAUACAAUGCUGAUGUUAUGUCUUUGUUGAGUUUUGUUGCCCAGUGUGUCCCUUAUUACGCUGGCGAUAAUGAUAACAAUGUUGAUUUGCGUUACUUACCGCAAUCAACCAAUGAUUCCAAACCUUCACGUCGCCCAUCAUUGAAAUCGGUUAGUACCAGUUUGACUGAUCAUAGCAGUACGAACGAUGGCGGUCCAGGGAGUGCGGUCACUGACCAAUCGUGUCUUGGUCGAGAAUUGUGUAUGAUGUUGAUCGACUUCAUUAAAAGUUAUCGCAAGGGUCUUAACAUUAAGAUGCUUAAACAAAUGCUAAGUACUACAUUUUUAUUACGUAGCAAGCGGUUAAUCGACAUGUUUACAAUAUGGCCUGAGUGGCUUGCUCUUUUAGAUCUUGAUGACCGUGACGCUCGAAAGCGUCUGUUCGUCUUUAUUGUGCGUGACCUGACUAUAGUAUCCCAACAGGUAAAGGAUGCAAAUGUCAUCCGAGCCAUGAAACGUUUAUUCUAUGACUACUUGCGUGCAAAGAGUCUUCAAGUUCAGCUGCUCACGUGCUGUAUAUGCGUGGAGAUGCACAAGCGUCGCUUAUGGCGUGAUGAGCACACCGUUAACAACAUCGCACAGUGCGCAUUGGCAUCUAACCUUAAAUUAGUUCUUGCGGGUGCUCACUUUUUACUGGGCACUCGUAAUCAUUUUGAUGUGGCUUUUGAGGCUCUGGAAGACCUCGAAGAGGAGAUUGCAUCCUUAGAGACUCUAAAUAAGCAGCAGGGUCAUUCCGGUGUAGGAGCUCAUUCCAAGAAGAGUGAAGGCCGUCAGAAUCGUUUGUCUCGGUCCAAGAAGAGUGUAGCCAAACAAUUAGAACGUCGUAAAAAGAGACUGGAAUUAUGUCAAAUACGCGAGUUUGCGGCUAUUGAUGAGUUACACGACCCUCAAAAGUUUACUGAGCGUUUAUUUGAGCGCUGCCGUAACAAGGACGUUACAUUUGGUGCUAAACUCAUAUUGCUCCAUUUAAUCAGUCUAGUUAUCGCGCGUCACAAGUUACUUGUUCCUAGUUUCUACAGCUUCCUGCUGAAAUAUAUAAACCACAAGCAGCGGCUGGUAACCAAGAUACUAGCUAUAUCUGCUCAAGCUGUGCAUACUAAUCUUCCACCUGGUAUUUUGGACCCGCUGUUAACCGCUAUUCUUGAUCAGUUCGUUAGUGAAGACCGCUCCAACGAGGUGAUUACUGCUGGUAUAAACACUCUUAGGGAGAUUGCUUCUCGUGCUCCUCUACUAUUCCCUGAGGACAUGGUUGCUCAGAUUGUAGAGUUCCGCAACAUCAAGAAUAAGGCUGUAUCUACGGCCACCAAGUCGUUUAUUAACCUUUACCGUGAGCAUGCUCCUGAGCUUUUGCAUCCCACACUACGUGGUCGUGAAGCUGGGACGCGUCUUACACAGGCCAAGCGCGGGAAGCUGUCUAAGGCACCAAUUCCAUUUAGUGACGCCCAGAUUCUAUCACAGGAAGAUUUCCGGUUGAAGAACUAUAUGGCAGGCAUGGAAGAAGUCGAAGAAACUGCUACGGAUGAAGAGAUAGAGAUGGAAUCAGAUGGAAUAUCAGAGGAUCUCGACGAGGACGAUGUAUCCAUGGAGGAGACUGACGAGUACUCCGAUAGUGAUUCUGAUGACCUCAAUGAGACAACGCCAGACGAACCAAAAAGGAAGCGGGCUAUCAAAAGCGACUCUAGUGACGAUACUGACGACGAGGAGGAUGAAGAAGACCGAAUUAAGGUCAACCCUGAUGAUUUGAUAUACGGGUCAAAGCGGAAACGAGUUGCGGCAGAAGCCAGGCGUGAGGCCGCUAAAGCCAGACUCGAACGCAAAAAACAGCAUCACACAGCUGAGAGUCGUGCCGGUAAUAAACAAAGUACUACAAACCGAGUUAAAGCCCGUAACAAACCGGUACUCAUGACCAUGCAGAGCAAGCGGGUACGCGGCAAGCAGAGUCAAAACAUAGCGGAGAAACUCGCAUCGCUGAAGCGACACCUCAAGUCACUGAAAACCGGUAAUGUCAAGCACAAGAAGCGCAGAAGGUGAUGAGAUG